CUGUAAUAUGCCAGUGACCAGAGGGAGGCAGCAGAGCGCAGCGGGACAGAAAAGCGUAGAAGAAGAAAAGCGGCUCCUCCAACCAAACCAGAGGCGGGAGAAGACGAGUUAACUCUGCCACAGCGAGCCGCCGGGAGGCUUUAAACCACCCCGACUCCGUCGUUUUAACAUAAUCAAUCGCUAGAUAUUCUUUGAUUUAACACAUCCGCGGUAUAUCGGGGCAGUUGGAGUCGAAGAGGAGGCUGAAAAGGAAACUUUUUUUCUACCGCUGACUCACCGACGGGCGGCAGUGAUUCAACAGCCCAGAAAUGGUCCCAAAGGGGCAGAAACGGAAGCUUGCAGGGGAUGAGGACGUCUCUGAGGAGAGCGGCUCCGAGUGGGAGAGCCAGCGGCAGUUUGUGUUCUCCGUUUCUCUCACCAAGUACCAGCACAGCCAGGAGCUGGUGGAGCCCAGCCUGCGGCGCUUCGUCCUCAUCUCCAACACUCUGAGGCAGCUCAGCGGGGAGACGUCGGCAGGGACGGAGGCGCCCGGAUGUCCCCCCGCCGCCGCGUCUGGUCCCCAGGUGAAGGAGAGACAGAGCGCGGUCACGGAAAUCCCAGCAGUAAAACACGGCGAGUCUUCAGACUGUGGCGUGAGACGGAGCGUCCCGGGCCGCCAUGCGAGGGGCGCGGUGGCCGUGGACGAGGAGGACUGGGCGUCCAUGUCCACUGAACCCGAUUUCGAAGUUGAGACUGCCAUCGCCUCCAUCCUGUCGGCUCUGGACUCUACCAUUGACGGGAGUCCUCAGGCGGUGCCGCGCUCCCCCCUCAGGUCCCUGGAGAACCUCUCGGAGGGAGGUGCGUCUUGGGAAAAACAGGAACCCCAGGCUUACUUGGAGAGCUGGCAGCCGGAGGCGUGCAGGGUGCAGGAUGGCGGCGUGGCGGUGGCGACUGCCUACCUGAGCGACGUCACUGUGGAGGAUCUGUUCCAGGACAUCGACGCGUCCCUGCUGGAGGCGGACAUGGAGGUGCUCGGGGUGACAGGCGGACACCCGGCCGGAGACGAACUCCUCCGCUACCUGCCGCCCUUCGCCCCUUCCUCGGACUCCUUCGCCAUCGCUCUCAACCAGAACCUCAAGUGUCUGCCGGCGUUCUCCUCCUUCAUCCCGGCAGCGUCGCCGUCCUCCUCCUCUCAGAGAGAAGGGUUCGAGAUGGAGCACCUCAUGGAGGUCCGUGUGGAGUCCUGAUGUCAGGAAGUAACCGUCCACUAGGUCAGUGGACUCAAAGUGAGCUCAUCCGAUCACUGGACGGUCGCACCGGCUGUCCGUCUCCUCUGGUGUAAUAUAGGAAAAUAUGUAGUUUAUUGCAGGACUUUAAAAAGUGCUGGGACUGGUCUGGAGCUGUUGGAACGGUUCCUGUCUAAGACAGGAACCCCUGUCUGCAUGUCGAAGUGUCCUUGGGCAAGACACUGAACCCUGGCAGAAGUGGCGCCACAGUGAAGACUGUGUCUACCUUUAAGCACAUUUUAUGAUUGGAAGCAGAGAGCUGGCCGACAGUGACUCAGCUCAUUAAAGCUCAGGACCGAUUUAAUCAAGCAGAGAUUUCAGCUCAUAUUCAGAUGUUACGCUUUCCUCCAGCAGCCAGACCCGAAUCUGCACCGCAAUGGUCCGAUUGAUCAGACGGAAAUGAAAAGUACAACCAGGGAAAAUGCAGCUAUCGAGCAUCAAAGAACUUCUAUUUUGAAAUCGCAGCGCUGCUUAAUAAAGGUUCGAGUUUUACUUGAAAGUCAAGUUUAUCUCAGUGACUGGUUCCUCAUUUCAGACACGUCCAAGAGAAAUGAGAAUGUUUUUCUUUCCUCUGAAGUUGCACAGCAAAACCAGGAAACGUUUUAUUCUGAAAACCUUUGAGCAGUGAAUGCCAGCCUGCAGGGGGCGCCAGAGAAAAGUCUCUUCCCCCUGGAGUCAGGGUUUGUUCUGCUGCAGAAUCACUGAUUCUACUGUCCAGUGUCGGUCAGUUCGUCACUCAGCAGGGUCACACUUGAAUUGUUGCACGUCAGUUUUAUCUUGGUGUUUUUUGUUUUUCUGCGGCACUACAUGUACACAAAGUGAAGUGGUGUUACCGUUAAUGGAGAGGAGGAGGCAGCGCACCGAGCUCUGUUGAUGGAUUUAAUGGCUCCAUGCUGCCUUCUAUGCAAAGAACUCUCCGACAGCCUCAAACUAUUUAUGAACCGAGUAUUUAGUUUAUUUAAAAGCAUCGACUCACCAACGGUGUGUUCAGGCUCCCUCAUGGCAGUUUAACUCUUUCUACACUCAAUGUUGAUUUGAUAUCGAGGGAAUAAUGCACAGAGAAGCAUGUGGUUACUUUUAUAUGAAAGAAUUCAAAUGUUUACAUGUACUGAUAUUUUUAAUAAAAUGUUGAA